GGAUGUGUGUGGUGGCGGCGGCGGCCGAAGAGCUUGUGUGCGGAGCUGAGAGGCCUAUGGAUGAGGAGGACGCGGCGGCCCCGGUUUGUUCUCAUGAACAAGAUGGAUGACCUCAACCUGCACUACCGGUUUCUGAAUUGGCGCCGGCGGAUUCGGGAGAUCCGAGAGGUGCGGGCUUUCCGGUACCAGGAGAGGUUCAAACAUAUUCUUGUGGACGGAGACACUUUAAGUUACCAUGGAAACUCUGGUGAAGUUGGCUGCUACGUGGCUUCCCGACCUUUGACCAAGGACAGCAAUUAUUUUGAGGUAUCUAUCGUGGACAGCGGUGUCCGGGGCACCAUUGCUGUGGGGCUGGUCCCCCAGUACUAUAGCUUGGAUCACCAGCCUGGUUGGCUGCCCGACUCUGUGGCCUACCAUGCAGAUGAUGGCAAGCUGUACAAUGGCCGAGCCAAGGGCCGCCAGUUCGGGUCCAAGUGCAACUCCGGGGACCGGAUCGGCUGCGGCAUUGAGCCUGUGUCCUUCGACGUGCAGACUGCCCAGAUCUUCUUCACCAAAAAUGGGAAGCGAGUGGGUUCUACCAUCAUGCCCAUGUCCCCGGAUGGGCUGUUCCCAGCAGUGGGCAUGCACUCCCUGGGUGAGGAGGUACGGCUGCACCUCAACGCUGAGCUGGGCCGCGAGGACGACAGCAUCAUGAUGGUGGACAGUUACGAGGACGAGUGGGGCCGGCUGCACGACGUCCGCGUCUGUGGCACUCUGCUGGAAUACUUGGGGAAGGGCAAGAGCAUCGUGGAUGUGGGGCUCGCCCAGGCCCGGCACCCCCUGAGCACCCGCAGCCACUACUUUGAGGUGGAGAUUGUGGACCCCGGAGAAAAAUGCUACAUCGCCUUGGGCCUGGCCCGGAAGGACUACCCCAAGAACAGGCACCCUGGCUGGAGCCGAGGUUCCGUGGCUUACCAUGCAGAUGAUGGGAAGAUCUUCCAUGGCAGCGGCAUGGGGGACCCCUUUGGGCCGCGCUGCUACAAAGGAGACAUCAUGGGCUGUGGCAUCAUGUUCCCCCGUGACUACAUCCUGGACAGCGAAGGGGACAGUGAUGACAGUUGUGACACAGUAAUCCUGUCUCCAACUGCCCGGGCCGUCCGGAACGUCCGGAAUGUCAUGUACCUGCACCAGGAAGGGGAGGGGGAAGAGGAAGAAGAUGAUGGGGAAGAGAUAGAGCAAGAACACGAGGGCAAGAAGGUGGUGGUUUUCUUCACCCGGAAUGGCAAGAUCAUUGGGAAGAAAGAUGCUGUUGUACCUUCUGGAGGCUUCUUCCCUACCAUUGGAAUGCUGAGCUGCGGGGAGAAGGUCAAAGUUGACCUGCACCCACUGAGUGGCUAGGCCUGCCACUGCCUGCCCUUUCUCCCUUCAUGUCACCUGGCAGGGCCGGGUGCCCAGGCCCAGUCUUCCGGAGGAUUUGCUCAACCGGCAGGCCGGGGGGCUGCAGUCUCGCUCUGCCCUUACUGUGCAGGUCCCUGUUACACUCCUGUGAGCCCACGUUUCUGACCUGGUGCCUCCCUUGUCGUCAGUCCCCAUCCCAAGUCCCUGGUUGGACAGAAAUGGGCCCAAAGAGUGGUGCUGACACAGGAGGGGAUCCCACCUGCUCUGGACAGUGGUGGGUGAGCGCCCCAGCUCGGGGUGGCGCUUCACAGGGGGUGAGGUGCACCGCCCCUCCCUGACUUGCCGCAGCGUUUCUCAUUGAAUUCCUUUCUGUUUGGUUUUCUGUCCUCAUCAUGUGGACCAGUUGCUGCUGUCACCCCCCUGGCUGGGCUGGGGGACCUGUCCCAGGCUAUCUGGCUCCCCUCCUUGGCCGCUACUCUGAGACUGUGCUGGCGUCUCCUCCGUUCUCUCCCCUGAGAGCUGGCUUUCUCACCCUCCCUCUCCUUCCUGUUCAGCCCUCUAGGCGCCCCAAGAAUCCCUGGCUUGGCUCCACCUCCUGCACGCACACACAUACACGCGCGCGCGCACACACACACACACACACGGCUGGGCACCUAUCCCACAUCUCAAGAGUGGCAGGGCCGGGAGGUGGUGGGGCCGGCACCCUCUCUCCACCUCAGCCUUUCCUCGUCCAUAGCACCCUGGUCCCUAGCUUCCUGGAGG